AAAGUUUGAGUCUGGUCAUUUUGACUGGGUUUCUUCUGACGUCAGAGCCACCGGCGUUUAAAACAACCCGCAUCUGGGCUGACGUGUUUAAUACUAGUUUUUAUAACGCAAAAUAUGUAUUUCUGUCAUCAAAGGCGGCAAUUCGCCAAAUGCUUUACGAUGUGCGCGGCAGUGUUGUAGAAGUUUAAUAGAGCGAUAGGAGAGAGCAUCCAAACUGGGCAUCUAUUGAACAUCCUCAGGAAGGCGUUUAAGCAAAUUAAACAUGGUAGUAUUGCGCUUCGCCCUAUAAGCGUCCGGCAGCUUUAUGCUUUACCAAUCAAUCGGUACAGUGAAACACAGCAGACCUGCAGUCUCGCCUGCUUUCGGGGAAACGGGGAUCACUCUACAAUGUCCUAUCCUCAAUUCGGAUAUCCUUACUCUUCUGCACCUCAGUUCCUCAUGACCACCAACUCUUUGACAUCUUGCUGCGAGUCGAGCACCAGGUCCAUCUCGGAUUCGUCCGCGCAGACGCCCGUGUACUGUCCCGUGUAUGAGAGCAGACUGUUGGCCACCGCCAGGCACGAGCUGAGCUCCGCCGCUGCGCUGGGAGUCUACGGGAACCCGUACACGAGCAGUCAGGGCUAUGGGAAUUAUGUUACCUAUGGAGCUGACGCCUCCGCUUUCUACUCUUUGGGAACAUUUGAUGCCAAAGAUGGAAGUGCGUCUGCGCAUGCGGGAAUUACACAGGCUGCCGCAUAUUACCCAUAUGAUCCCUCCCUGGGACAGUACCAGUAUGACAGAUAUGGAUCUAUGGAAGGAGGGACUAGAAGAAAGAACGCCACACGCGAGACGACGAGCACUUUGAAAGCAUGGCUCCAGGAGCACAGGAAAAACCCCUAUCCCACCAAAGGAGAGAAGAUCAUGCUGGCCAUCAUCACCAAGAUGACCCUCACGCAAGUGUCCACCUGGUUCGCCAACGCCAGAAGAAGACUCAAGAAAGAGAACAAGAUGACAUGGCCACCAAGAAACAAGGGCUCAGACGAUAAGAAAUAUGACGAUGAUGAUGAGGAUGGGUCACAAGAAGAUCAAAUCAAAAGUGAAACCAAUGAUGACGAGAGCAAAAGUCGAGAAGACAAAGAACUUCAGUUGAGUGACUUGGACGACUUUGACACCAUCGAGUCUGAGAGCUCAGAGUGUGAACUCAAACACCGCUUUCACAUGAACGCGCACAUGGCGACCACCGAUGAUCGCAUCAAAGAACCAUCGCCAAAACUCUCCAUUCCCGGUCUGCUCGAAGCUGAGCGUGAUCUCACCAAAAGCUGCUUGAAAUCCACAUCCGAAGACUGCGAACACGACCUUCGGCACGUCAAAACGUGUUUCCAGCAGCAGGGCCAUCCAUUACUGGACAGCAAACCCCGCAUCUGGUCUCUGGCCCAGACCGCGACCUCGUUGAACCCGACAGAGUACUCCUCAUGUAUGCUUAGAUGUCAACCAUCACCCUCCGCCUCCUCACCUGUAAACGGCCUGGAAAGACAGCAGGAUUCACCUGUUACGACUCUCAGAAACUGGGUAGAUGGAGUUUUUCACGACCCCUUGUUCAGACACAGCUCCUUAAACCAAGCACAGACGAACACUACAGUUUCUUGGACCACCACGACUAAAGGCUCAAUCUUAGAGACUGGAGCCCUUGGACGCUCCGUAGGGAACAGCAACGUGAUAAAAACACAGCAGCAAGAUGCCAGUAAGGACAGUAUGACAUUUCCAAAGGGGGUGAAUAAAAUAUUCUGUUCCUAGCACACCAAUAAUCCUCAAAAGCGAGGAGGACUGUUUGGAAUAGCCGUUUACGAUUUUCAGUUUACAGACGCAACAGAUAACAAAUGUCAGACUGUGAAUCGAUGGGCCCAAAUACGUUUUGUUACAUACAAUUGUUGCGCUGUCAUGGGAAAAUGUAUGUAUUUAUUGCUGUGUUGACAUCUCACUGGCGAUGGUCCCACAAAAGGGAUUGGUUUAUAUAUAUAUUUAUUGGUUAGGUUGACGCACGUUCAGAUUAUGUAAAUUAAUGGUUUAUGUUCUGAAAGAUUGAAAAAAAAGAAAAGUUUACAGCCUAGUUUGGUUUCGGCUUU